GCCAUGGCAUUGCAGCGAGAGUAAAUAUUUUUCCUCAAAGUGUUUGGCUAUUUUAUGAAUUAAACGUAAUUAAAAUUUACUCAAAUUCGGAUUGUUAGGCAGCCAAAUGAGGCCGAAAAAAAUGUCUUACAAGCGCAAAAAGUCAUCUAAGAGUGGUGGCCAAUCAAAUAGUAAAUAUCGAAAAAUAAAUGUCUCAACUUGUGACUCGAAUAACAAUUCAGAUAGUUGUUUAAUGAGUCGCCAUGAAAUGCUUGUCGAGAUGAUACAACAAUCCCGGGAGGAUUCUCAACAAAUUAGCAAUAGCGAUGAAGUUUUCAGUGUACCUAGUACAUCUACAGAUGAUGUAAAAAGUAAAUACAUUCAGCAGCUUCAGGAGGACAUGAAUGAAAUCGACGUAGUGGAUAUUCGUAAAAGGAAACUCGUACGCAUGUGGAUGCAAAAACAAAAUCUUGAAAGUAAAAUAGACGACAAACUUCAAGAACGGGAAAUUCUCAAUCAGGAGGAUACCAGGUCUGUGGAAUUGUCUUUGGCGAUGACAGCUGCAAAAGUUCAGGAAAUGGAGAAACAUCGCCGCUCGCAAUUAGAUAAAUUAAUAGCUCAACUAAAAGAAUACAGAGAUAAUAAUUGGGAAUUGAUGUACAUGCUUUAUCAAUCUCAAGAAGAAAAUGAGGAUUUGAAAAUAAGAUUGAGGAACUUGUACAAGCGACAAAAAAAUCAAAGAUCGUCGGAAUACUCAUGGAAAAAAAAGAAAUUAGCAUUCAAGGAACAGAAAACCGAAGCUAUUGUAAACUGCACUCUUAUUUUGAUAUGCGCUUAUAUUUUAUAUCAUCUAGCAGUUGAUGUUAUUCAGCGAGUGAAUCCAAGUCAAAUGAUGAUUGAAGAAAUAGAAGUUUCUUCAACAGAAAGUCAGAAGACUGAAGAGUAUUAUUUUCAGAUUUUGAAGAAGUAAAUCCCACGAAUGUCAAUUCAUCUUGCAAAGAUAAAAGCCGUUCUAAAAAGCAAGAAUUUUCUGAAUAUAUUUCACGCAAGUUUUUUUACAUCUUUUAUUUAAAUUUUUACGAAUUUGUGAACAACCCUUACAUAGCGAGUCCCAACAUUUUUAUUCUAUUUAAAGAAAUUUUUAUAUUAUGUUUUUCUAGAAUAAGGAAAUAUUUUAGUUGUAUCUCUUUUAUAAACUUUUAGAGAAUGUUAAAAUUUUAUUAUUUAAGGGUUACAUAAUUUAGUUAUUAAUGGAAUUUUUGAGUCGAUUUUCUUGUUAUUUUUUUAGACAAAUAGAGGCAUCUUUGAGUUCU